CCGCGGGGUGAGACAGCCGGUGUGAGACACCCCCCGAGAUGUGCUCCCGCCCCCCCCCUCGGGAUGAGCUCAGUGCCCCAGGACGAGACCCUCCCCCUCUGGAAUGAUGCCCCCCCCGGCAGGAGCCUCUCCCCUGAGAUGUGCCCACCUCCGGGAUGUGCCCAACGGCCUCGGGAUGAAAGCCUCCCUGGAGUGAGCCCUGUGCCCCCACCGGGGAUGCACUCUGUGCCCACAGGUCCAACCUCAGGUUGUCACCCCAGGAUACAGCCCAUGCCCCUGGGAAGUGUCCCUAGGACACAUCCUUCCCCCAUGAGAUAUGUGUCCCCACGAUGCACUUUAUGCCCCCACAGUGUGGCCAGGAGGUGACACCCCCCCUGUUUGCACUCCGUGUCCUUGCUGCCUGCAUUGGGGUGCACCAUAGGAUGUGUGCUGUUCCUCCCAGCAGCCCCCCAGGUCAUGCCAUGCACCCCAAACUCGGUACUCCUACACUGUCACCUUGGUGCCCCACAGGUGGGGGACGUGGUGCAAACAGGGAGGGGACAGGAUGCAGAGACACCAAAGGGCUUUGUCCUUGUGCUAUUUGGGGAGGCCACUGCCAGGGCCAGCCUGAGUGUCACUGCAUGGCUACCGAAGGCCACCAAAGAAGGCCACCUAAGGCCACCAAAGAAGGCCACCUCCAUGCUGGCGUUAAUCAUUGCCGAGUGCUGAAAGCUGCACCGUUCCCAGAGCUGUCCCCACGUCUCAGCAGGUUCAGUUCCUGUUCUCUGGACACUGCAGAUCCCCUUGUGGGAAGUGCAGCACUGUUAUCUGACAUUUGCUUUGGCUGAAGGAGCAGCAGCACCUGCAGACAGCACGGUGCCAUACAACUGCCCUUGGAGCUACAGUGUGGUGCCACGAGUCCAGGUGCGAUAGGAGGGAGCAUGGCAGGCGCUGACUAUAAAGCAGCCAAACCUACCUGAACCCAAACCCACCUGCACCCAAACCCACCUGCACCCACCAUGAUGCUGCCCCUCCGCCUGCUGCUCGCCACGCUGCUCAUCGCCCUGGCUCUGGGCGCUCCCAGUGAGCGGGGGCUCAUCUUCAACCUGGACACUGGAGAGCUGUGCCUGCAGAGUGCGCAGUGCAAGAGCGGCUGCUGCCAGCGGGACAGUGGGCUGAGCCUGGCACGGUGCAGCCCGAAGGCUGCCGAGACCCAGGACUGCUCCCUGAAGAGCCCCUAUGGGGUUUACUACAAAUGUCCCUGUGAGAACGGCCUGUCCUGCGACGCCGACUGGAGCAUCGUGGGCUCCAUCACCAACACCGACUAUGGGGUCUGCUAUGACAAACGUGACCCCACCACAUCGCGGUGACAGACGUGUGUCCCAGUAAAGAGCAUCCCCCACUGA